GCGGCCCUCGGCGGUGCCGCAACGAGGCUGAACAACUGGCCCCCGUUGCCGUCUUUCUGCCCAGUGAAGCCUUGCUUCUACCAAGACAUCCCCGUGGAGAUCCCUGCUGACUUCCAGAAGACUGUUUCUACCAUGUAUUACCUCUGGAUGGCCAGCACCAUUGCUCUCUUCCUGAACUUCUUGUCCUCGCUGGCCUGGUUCUGUGUGGAGCCCUCGUCCGGUUCUGGGUUCGGCCUCUCCAUUCUCUGGGCUCUCCUCUACACGCCCUGCUCCUUUGUCUGCUGGUAUAGGCCGAUGUACAAAGCUUUCAGGAGUGACAGUUCAUUCAACUUCUUUGUCUUCUUCUUCGUCUUCUUUGCCCAGAACGUGAUGUAUGUGCUGCAGGCGAUUGGCAUACCAAACUGGGGAUUCAGUGGCUGGAUAUUGAGCCUGAUAGCGUUGCGGAAGAACACGGCCGUGGCUGUGAUGAUGAUCCUGGUGUCCUUGUUCUUCACAGCAGUGGCUGUGUUGGGCAUCAUUAUGCUGAAAAAGAUCCACUCUCUGUACCGCCGGACGGGCGCCAGCUUCCAGAAAGCACAGGAGGAGUUUGCCGCGGGGGUCUUCUCCAACCAGGCGGUGCGCACCGCAGCGGCCAACGCUGCCACAGGUGCCGCCACCAAUGCCUUCCGGGUGCCCUAGCUGGGCGGUGGCCCCGGCUUCUCAUUGCACGUGGGCUCUUUCUAAGGAAGAGGAAAUCCAAGUUGCACUUUCAUUGGAUCCCCGUGUGUCUGCAUCAGCUGUCAGAGGCCGCCUCAUCCCAGCUUGGAAGUGCUGGUGCCUGAAUCGUCUGCUGCUCUAACCCCUUCCCUCACGGAUGGAGGCUGUUCCGGUUUGUGCUGGUCCCCUUCCCUCAGUGGACUGGGGAAGGAGCGGGAUGGGAGGUGCCGUGACCAAGCCCUGUGCCUGUCAUUGCCCUCCCUUCCAGCACCAGGAGCCUCCUCCAGACGUGUGACAGGGACUGAAGCGGCUGCUCACCUUCCCUGUGUUGGCCAGGGCUCCUCUGUUUCCCCACCUGGCGAUGCCACUUGUGUGCCCUGGGGCACAAAGGGUUCCCCGUGUGUCCAGUCCCAGGGCGUGCAGGGGCUGGCUCUUCCCUGGAGGCUUUUGCCUGCCUUCCCUUUGAUGCGGGACCUGAUUCUCUGCCAAGAAAAUCGUCACUGUCUUCCCCCCAGGGGCUUGCUCCGGUGGGGUGGGGCUGGGUCUGUCCCCAGGGUGCUGAGCUCGGAGGCAGCCCUCCUCCAGUCCCUUUCCCUGUCCUCUCCUUCUCUCCUUUGCUGGGCUGAGCCUGCUCCAGGUGCAGGGAUAAGGAGAGUGGGGCCAGGACAGGCAGCAGUGGUGCACAUGCUGCUGUUGGGGCUUCCUGCCUUUAGCCUGUGUGCCCAGCCACAGCUGUCCGGGACUGGCACGCGGUGGACCCUAAAGCCAGGCUGGGCACCAAGGAGGGCUCCUGGAACCUCCUUAGCUCCCUCCUUGCCUCCAGCUGAACAGCUUCUCCCUUCCUCUGCCUGCCCUGGGGCCAGUGAUCCCUUGCUUCCACCCCAGCACUCUUCACCCAGAGCCUGCCCCUUCCCCAGGGGCCUUCGCCCUCCUUCCUUUUUGGGUGCUGAGCCGGUGCAGCACUGCCUAGUAUGUGCCCUGUGUCCCUGCUAGCCCCUGGUGUCCCCCCUCCCGUGUGCCAGUGUCCUCGGGGCUCCCUGGGCCUCGUGUCACUGGGACGGGUCUCACGAGUUCUGCUUCGCCCCAUCUCCUCUCCGAUGCUCCUGGGUUUGUCCCUGCUGCUCCUGGGCUGGCGAGAGGGUUUGUGCCUUCAUCUGUGGGGGCCAGCGCACACGCGGCAGGUCCACUGCGGCCAUGCCCUGUCCUGCGGCGGGGGCUGGCGCUGGGUGA